AUGAUAGCCUUAGUUAUUAUUAUUACAUUAGCACAUUCCUAUUUUGGAUUUGAAUAAUAAUUUCUACAAACUUAACUAACAGGCAAAUUUAAAUACUUAAAUCGAGUACUUAGAGAUAAUAAGAGAAAUCCCUAAUAUACAUAAGUAAUCAUCUUAUAUCAUUAUUAGGGAUUUACUUUUUUGAACGAUGAUACCAUUUUAGAGUCAGUAGGACUUUAUAAAAAGAGUGGAAUCCACUAUAUAAAAUUAAAUGAUGUUAAUACAUUUUAGCAUAACUAAAAUUUAGAUGAUUAGUUCUUUGGUGAAGGAUGUGAUAUUAUCAAUAAUAAAGUCUAUUAAUUAACUUGGUUAGAAAGAAAAAUGUAUUCAUUAAUAAAAACCUUAGAUUUGUAUAUGAAAAGGAAGAUCUAUAAUAUAUAGGAUAAAUAAAUUUACAUCCUUCAAUAAAGGAAGGUUGGGGGUUAACUCAUCGUGUAUUCAAUGGAGAAACAUAGAUUCUAAUAUCAGAUGGAUCAGGAAAAAUACAUAUAUUAAAUGAAGAUUUUUAAUUGUUGAAAUCAAUUUAAAUUUUUUAUGGAAUCAUCCCAGUUAAUUAUUUAAAUGAAUUAGAAUAUGCAAAUGGAAUAUUAUAUGCAAAUGAAUAUAGAAAAACACAUAUCUUUGCUAUAGAUCUUGAAAAAGGCAAAGUAUUGGCAAAAUAUAAUUUCCCAGAUCUUGUUAAGGAAGCAAAUAGGCCUGAUGGAUGUUUAAAUGGAAUUGCAUUCAAUUAAAAAACUUAGACUUUUUGGAUCACAGGAAAAAAUUGGCCAUUCAUAUAAUAAGUCCAGUUCUAUUGA